UCACCAGGUGUCUUACCAUGCUCAAAUUUCUUAAUUUAUUUUCAAACUUGUUUUUAGGAGCAUUUCUUUGAUGCAGAUAGCAACGAGGGCUACAUUGCCUGGAAGCUUAAAAACACACAGCGAGAACUCAGCAGUGGCCGUAGCAGUGGAGUUCGGAGAAGGAGCUCUCAAACCUCAGACAGCAGCGGACCAGAGUUGGAGAGGAAAGUGACUAAAGAGCAACAGCUGGAGGGAGACCAGUGCUGCGAGGCCAUAUCUCUACUGAAACACAGCACAGAUAAAGAACAGAUCUUCAUGAAAAUGAGAGCAACCUUCCAGCACAGACAAAAGUUGAUCCAUGAUCCAGAGCGAUGCAGCACAGUGGUUACAGUUUUCCCAAGGUUCCUUGACACAAAAGGCCUUGUUCUACAAGACUUUGAGCUGUUGUUUGGAGCAGAGACUUCAUCAAAAUUCUUGGAGAAAUGGGGAACACUCCUGAAGGCGAAAGUAAUUGAACAAGCCAAAAACCUCAGCAAAACCCCGCACCUUGACUAUCUCAUUCAGUCUGCAGACGAGAACCCUGAUGAGGAUGGAGAUGAGGAGGUCCCAGGUUGGGAUAGUGACAUGGCCUCAGUUCUCCUGCUUGUCUACCUCCUGCCACCAAGUGGAAAGAAGGGAGCCGUGAAGAUCAGUAUCCGGGAAGCUGUGGAUCGCGUAGUGAAGUUUCAUAAGUCGGGCCGAAGCCUACAAGAACACUCUGGUCCAGCCCAGCGGAGGCAGCCCUACAUCCUGGCAGUUGGCAUCACAAGAAAAAACAUCCAUGAUUACUACAUUGCGAUGGAUGGUGAGCUCCUUCCCUGCAAGGCCAGGUCUUCCCUUUCAGCCUUUGAUGAACUGUUCAAGACGCAUUAUGUGUUUGGGAUCUCCUAUGACCAGGCCUUAAACAGCCUGUACACAUUUGUGCAAACCACUGUCUACAAUAUCGAUGUGGGGCUUUCUCGCGAAACUCCCAGAGUCAAGGACCUCAGGGCAAAGCUCCUCAACUCAAGUUGUGAUGUAUAAAUGCUUUGUUUGCCAGUCUACUUUUGUCACCAUCCAGCAGUUGCUCCGUCAUCUCAAACUUACACAUGCCUUUUUUCCCGGCAAGAAGUUUCAUUUGUUGUGUGACCAUAAUGGAUGCCGUCAGAGGUUUUGCACUUUUUCUGGAUUCAGGGAUUUUCUGAAAAUGUUUCCCUGCUGAAAGUUGAUGAGUUGCUCAUGUCUAAGCCAUUUGAUCUGCAGACAACGUAUGGUUUUGACAGAGAAGAUCAAUAUGUGGUGCCUGUGCAUGUUUUUGUGUAAGAAAUGUGUUAAGUGGUUGCACGCUGUUUUUCAUCUUGACAAUUAUUUUUGCAAAAAUUGAUUUUACAGGUUGUUUUUUUUUGCACCAUGGCUUCUAACACAAGAUGUUUUAUGUCCUUGUAACAAGAGUUAACUUCCAUAACAAGACAAGAUACUUGUUGGGAUGUAUUGUAAUAAUAAAGAUAUUAUAUUUCAGGAAACUUUUGUGAGGACUACUAAUUCUUUAAGUGUUAACAAUUCACCUCAAAAGUGUUUGGUGUACACCAGUCAUAGAGUACAUUCUCACUCUGAGUGUUAAAUAAUCAGCUCUGCAAAGUGCUACAAAUUACUAAACUAGAGUAUAUAUUUUACUCUCUGGGAGCUUUAGGAUUACACUGCAAGUGUCACAAAGCACUGAAGUAGUGUCUAAAAGUACCAGUGACGGAGUACAAUUGUACUCUCAGAGGGUUCAAAUGUAACUCUUUAUUUGGAGUAUAUGUUUUACACUUUU